GCCUCCGCUUCGCCUCGAUCGAUCGAUCCUCUAGCUGCCAGCCAUGGCGGCGGCCGUCGUCGACUUCCUCCAGGUGGUCCCACCGUGGGAGCAGCAGCCGGCUGGCACCGCGCUGCUCGUGGCGAAGUCGGCGCUGUUCAUCGCCAUCAACGGCGCCCUCGUCUCCCCGUCCUACCUGCGGUGGUGCCUGUCCUGCGGCGACGACGCUGCCGCCGCCGGCGCUCGGCACUGCCUCCUCGAGGCCGACGUGGAGCAGACGUGCUACCUGCUGGCUAGCUUCGCCACCGCCGUCCUCGGCGUGGCGCUCCUGGCUUUCCACGUGGCCUCCUCGCCGUCGCCGGGGGUGCUCCCGGCGAGGGCGUCGUGGCUCGUCUGGCUCACCAAGGUCUUCACCUGUGGAACCCUCCAGUUUGGCCUGAGUAUUGUCCACUUCUGUCUCAGGAUGAUUUACUUCAGGUUGAUGCCGAGACAUUGGAUUCUAAUCCUCGGAAGGCAAUGAGUACAGUUAUAAAUGAAUUUGAAACGAUUUGACUACUGUUUUUUAGAAAAUUUUUACAUUCUGAUAUUAGAUUCAAAUAUCAGAAAUGACUAUAUAUAUUUUUGGAUGGAAGAAGUAAACGACAAAACACAUUGGUACAGCCGUACAAGAUCACCGAUCUUGGGCCGCGAAAUAGUGAGUUUGGGCUUCUUUGAUGGCCCAUCAAUAGUUAGG